AUGUGUAGAACCACAGACUUUCAUGGGUUACAAUCAAGAACCCAAGAAAAGCACUUAAAGAUUAAAUCUUUUUACGUCCGGUUUACUGGUUUCAAACCCGAUAACAAACCGGUCCCCGAGUCACUCACGCAUGUUUAUCUUCCGCGUGCUCAUGAUCUUAUCAUUGAUGGGUCCAAGAUUCGACCCGAGUCUAAAGCGUUCUUGGGUCUUCAUAGGAUUGUUAAUGUGGAUAAAAAGGAAGGACAGGGAGAGGUUGUGUUCGGGUCAAGAGAACGGGUUCGGGUUGGUGAAGGGGUCCGGUUUGAGGUUUAUUUAAGAGAAGAGAGGGUGUUAGAGGGGAGUUUUAGAAGAGAUGCUGACUUGGAAAAGUGGAAGUUGGAGUGUUCUUGUGGCGGCGACGUUGGUGAGGUUAGGGCGGAGGAGGUUUGUGUAGCGGUGGAGGGAGAUGUGACGUUGGUUGAGAAGGUGGUGAAGAGGAAGAAGAAGAGUAGGAGAGGGUUUGAUAGGCUGGAGGUGAUUCCAGAGGAGAGAGAGGUAGUCGAGGAUGAAUCAGACGGUGGAUGUUGUUGUGAUUGUGACGGGUGGGGAAUGUACGGUGGAGAUAUGGAAGAGGGGUGUGGUCCAGAUUGCGAAAAGGUUGAGAUGGAAAUGAAAAGUGUUAGAUGGGCGGUUGAUGUUGGGGUUUGGGUUAUGUGUUUGGGUGUGGGUUUCAUGGUUUCUAGAGCUUCUGCUAAGAGCUUGAGAAGAUUGAGAUUACUUUGA